GUGUGUGCCGCAUUCUCCCGGUUCAGUGAGUGGUUUCCUACGAGGACGCUUCGUUCAUCACCUUUUUAAGUCAACGAAUCUCGCUAGGGAUACUUUUUUUUUCUGUGCCGAAUUAGUACGCGAGUGAGUUGCCGAGAGAAAGGCCCGACAUACGGUACCACCUCUCCUACAAACACGCCGGGGGAUUUAUAAGCGCAAGGUGAUCCUGGUCCCAUCCCAACACAUUCCUGGUGGUGGUGGUGGUCGUCGUGAGAGGCCGUGCUAGCAAUGUGGCAGUGGAGGACAGUGUUUGUGACCGCGUGCUUGGUUUGCUGGGCGGCGGUGGAAGGCCUGGAGCAGAAAAGUUCCCAAUGCUCCAUCACCUCCUUCGCAUGCCAGGGCUCUGAGGAGAGGUGCAUCCCGGUGGCCUGGAAGUGUGACGGCGUGAAGGACUGUCAAGACGGGAGUGACGAGGAUCCGGAACUGUGCCCAGCCAAGCCAUGCUACAAGACUGAGCUUCAGUGCAACAAUGGCAAGUGCAUCCCAGAGCGCUGGAAGUGUGACGGAGAGCCGGACUGUGAUGACCACACGGACGAGAACCCAGAGGAGUGUGCUGGAAUAGUGUGUAAAGCAGAUGAGUUCACUUGUCACAGUGUUACCAACAAAUCCAAUUGCAUCCCACUGAACUGGGUGUGUGACGGAGCAUCAGACUGUGACGACGGCUCCGAUGAGGUCAACUGCAACGCAACCUGCACCUCAGAACAGUUCACCUGUGCCUCGGGGAAGUGCAUCUCCAAGCGGUGGCGCUGCGACGGCGACAAUGACUGUGGUGAAAAUGACGCCUCAGAUGAAGCAAACUGCCCCAACAGAACCUGCUCCAUAAACCAGGUCACUUGUCCUGAUGCAUCUUGCAUCGACAAGCGCAUGAUUUGUGAUGGCAUUGCAGACUGCGACGAUGGAUCAGACGAACACGAUUGUCCCAACAACACUUGUCGUGCAGAUGAGUAUGCCUGCCUGGGGGGCUUCCCCUGCAUCCGCCGCGACUGGUUGUGUGACGGGGACGCAGACUGUCAGGAGGGCGAUGACGAGGGACAGGAGAUGUGCCUCACAAACUGUCCUGAAGGCAUGUUCAUGUGUGGGGAUCAGUCCUGCAUCAAUGAGCACCUCAAGUGUAAUGGCUUCCCAGAGUGCUCGGAUGGACUGGAUGAGCAGGAUUGCUCUCCAUCAUGUAAUGAAACAGAGCAAUUCGACUGUGGCGGCCACUGCAUACCCAUGCAGCUGGUCUGUAACGGUAACGAUGACUGUGGCAAUUCCAAGGAUGAGCCAACUGAUGGCACCUGCGGCAGGAAUGAGUGUGAAAACUACAAUGGUGGCUGUAGCCAGGUGUGUGUUGACACCCCAGCCGGCCACUACUGCAAGUGUAACAAGGGAUUCAUGCUUAUAAACAGCACCCAGUGUGAAGAUAUUGAUGAAUGUUUGGAGCCAGGCAUCUGCUCUCAAGUUUGCCGCAACUUCAAGGGAGGCUACAAGUGUGAGUGUGUGCGGGGCUAUGCACGGGACCGUCACAACCACAGCCGCUGCAAAGCCAUGGAGGGACACGCUUCUCUCCUCUUUGCUCACUUUACAGAUAUCCGCAAAAUAUCCCUUGACCACCAAGAAAUUACUGCUAUAGUGAAUGAAACAAAGGGAGCAACUGCACUUGACUUUGUGUUCAAGACUGGCAUGAUAUUUUGGACAGAUGCAAAAGACAAGCGCAUUUAUAAGGCACCAAUUGAUGAAGGCAGUAAGAAGGUGGUGGUCAUUUCCAAUGACGUCACAACUGUUGAUGGCUUGGCUGUGGACUGGCUGUACAACCACAUCUACUGGACCAACACAGACACUGACACUAUUGAGGUGGCAGACUUUAACGGCGACAUGAGGAAGACACUGAUCAGGAGUGUGCUGGAGGAGCCCCGAGCCAUUGCUGUGUACCCAUCAGAGGGCUGGAUGUUCUGGACCGACUGGGGACAGCAAGCCAAGAUAGAGAGAGCCGGUAUGGACGGAAAGCUGAGAGAGGCUAUUGUGACAAGAGGGAUCCGGUGGCCCAAUGCUCUCACUCUGGACUUGGUGCUGCGGAAGGUGUACUGGUGUGACUCAAAGUUCCACUCCAUCUAUUCUGCAAACUUUGAUGGAUCAAAUCGCAGGACCGUGCUUCACUCCAGCGAGUACCUUCCCCACCCAUUCUCCAUCACACUAUUUGAGGACACAAUGUAUUGGACUGACUGGCGCAGAGAAGCCAUCUUCCGAGCAAACAAAUUCACAGGGAAAAACAUCAGCACCAUAGCUCCUUCACAUGCGACACCAAUGACAGUUCACGUGUACCAUAGCUACAGACAACCCAAUGGUACCAAUCACUGCACCCCCUUGAAUGGUCUGUGCACCCACCUGUGUCUGCCGGCCCCCCAGACCAACGAGUCAACCUGUAAAGUGACUUGUGCCUGCCCAGAUGGCCUGGUCCUUAUGUCAGACGGAUUGACUUGUGAGAGUGAAGGCAAUUCACAACCCGAUUCACAACCUAGCCCUGUGAGUCACCCUGCCUCAACGACCCCUACCGAUUCACAACCCGAUUCACAACCUAGCACAGUGAGUCACCCUGCUACGACAGCCCAUACCGAUUCACUACCCAAUUCACAACCCAACCCAGUGAGUUGGCCUGAAACGCCUGCCUCAGAUUCAGAACUCACCUCACAACAUAGACCUGUGAGCCACCCUGCCACGCCUGCACCUACUACUACAUUACCCAAUAUCCCCACAGAGGAGCUGAGCAGCACAGUGCUGACAGAGGUUCAAGAGGCGCCGCCCCACGAGAGUGUGACUGACGGGGAGAGUGAUGAGGGUAGCGUGGCAAUCGCUGCCAUCCUGGCAGCCCUCGGUGUGCUGUGUGUGGCGUCUGCACUUGCAUACGUCAUCUACCGGUACUUCCGCAAACGGUCGGUGCACAGCAUGAACUUUGACAAUCCAGUUUACAAGAAGACCACCACUGAGGACGGCUUCCACCUGGCUGGGCAGCAGCGCAAUGCCUGCUCCCGGGCGACCUCAGGAGGGCCUCAAUACCAGCACCGGCAGUACGGCGUUACCUCCCCAGAAGACGGCCUUUGUGAGCCAAUGGUUAACACGCUCAAAUUUUAAUGACGUCACUGGAGCCUCUCACAAAUGGCAGCAACAACUUUGUGUGAGGCUGAGGAACGUGGGACCUGCAUGGGGCUCCAGCCUCCCCUCACCCUGACUCAUCGUGUGCCAAACGGCCAACACAGACUCCAUAUGAUACAUACAAAUAUAUAUUUUACUGAUUUAUGAUGAGAUUGGCAAGUGCAGCCAUAGAAAUUCAUCUUUUAGAUUGGAUUUUCUGGUUUCAAAAUAGUCUAGAUGAGUGAGCAAGUCUGUAAUUGAGAGGAAGAUGUGUGUGACAUGUCAAGCAGCAACUAAGAGUGUGGAGAAGUCUGAAACCUUGCUCCUCACGGACAAAUGAAUAAAAUACUUGAUACAGGAACUAGAAUUCUUAUGGUAGUAGACAUCUGCUAUCAGUGUAGCACAAGAAAUGUUUGCUGGGUAGUGAGAGGCUGGCACUGAAGGCCUCAGCUGAACAGAGACCAAUUGAAGGCAUUAACCUUUGCACUUCUUAUAGCCAAAGAAACCAUAUUGAACUAUUGGUAGUCCACUGGUGCACCAGGUGUGAGACGGGGGGGCACCAUGUGGUGGGCUGACCAGUAGCCUGGGGUCUGUGGUCUGUGGUGUGGCCUGUGCUGGUGUGGCUGGGCAAGCUAGUGUGACUGUGUAAUGUGUUCCAUGCUCACAAUCUACUUGCUGAAGUAAUUCUCCAGAGUUGCCAUUUUUACAAUUAAUGCCCUGUACAUGAGUUCCCUCAAGUCUUUUUGUAUAUAUACAUACAUAUACAGUAAUUACAUAUAGGAAAGGUAUCACGCUUCCAUUCUUUGUUACAAGAAGCCAGUUGUACAAUAACUACCAUGCAUAAACUCAUUGCCUGUAUGUCAGUCAUAUGUAUUAACAAAAUUAUAUGCGUCAUUUUGUGAUUUUGUGAAGAUUAAUAGUUUGAUUUUGCAAUCAGGAAAUCUGCCUGUCUGAAAAAAAAGUACAUGGAUAUCUUUUGCUAAGGACUUGGAGGAAAUGUCAUAAAACAGAAAUGGUGUAAAUCUGGAAUUACCAUCCCAGGAGCUUCACAGUCUCGCCGGGUGUGAGGGUGUGUGGCACGUGCAGUUCUGUUCUGAUGAGUACAAAGGCAUUUUGAGUAUUCCCCUGUUUAAGAGUUCUACAAUGUUACUUUUAGACAGUCAUCAUGGUUAGUAUUGUGCUUGUGACUUCCCUCCAGAAUUUCAGUCAGUUAGCUAACAUCAUUUAAUUCAAAUUAAUUCAGAUGAAUCAAGGAAAUAAAAGAAAUGGAGCUGAAAAUAGGAAGCUAGAUCUGAAUCUUAGCAGGUGAUAUUUUUUAUAUGAAUUAGGAUGAAUAGCAACUGCCUGUGAAUUUAGUCAAGACACAGUCUAAGAAUUGGUGAUGUUGGUUAUUGAACCAGACAUUGUAUUGAAAAGUGAGUCAUCCAAGAUGAUGUUCCUUAGGAAAAUUAUAAUUUGUUUAUUUUAUUUAUUUAUCAUUUGUAUAGUUUGAUUAGUUUUAAAGCUGGUUAUGUUUCAGAACUUUGGAUUUAGGGACCUCAAGCUAUACACUAGCACAAAUGUACAUAUUUCAGUUAUCUUCCUUAACAGUGUUGCAUUAUACAUACAUACAUAGAUACAUGCAAGAUUUCUGUUAUGCAUUUUGUUAGUUUUGCAUAACAUGCAGGCAAGCAGCAUGUUGUCUGGCUGCUGCCAUCUUCCACCACCUCCUCCUACAGUGCACUCGUAAGUUUGAUGCAGGAGUACGGCUGCGUCUCUCUCUGUGCCAAGAUGUACACACACACCCACCAGUAGGUCUCCCCUGUGUGCAUAUGAAUAGAAGGGAAGAUUCAUCACAUUGGUUCACCUUGACAAGAUGCACAAUUUUGGUCCUUGGAUACGUUAUAAAUAAGGCCUAUGCUCUUUUUUGUGUGCGUGAAGAAGCCAAGAAAGUAGGCCUUAUUGUAAUCCUUGCAGGCUCAAAAAUGGAUGAUCCCAGUCUCCAAACAGCGAGGACGAAAUUGCCCAUUCUAGUCCAGUGUAUUGUUAAGACUUUAUUUUGGCUAGUUGGUAGGAGGUAAUUAGGGAAAUGUAGUGUGUCUCAUUUUGUCAGUGUGCUUUUCUACCAGUAUCUUUUGUGUGUAAAAUGUAGGAUUACAUGUAGUAGGAACCAUUCAACACAAGCCAUUCAGUGUGAUUUUAUACAUCCCAAAAAAGUAAUAUGAUUCUUUAAGCAAGUCAUAUAUGUUGGCAUCAAGCUGAAGAGCCCAAGGGUUAAGGUCACCUGAAUCAGAUCAAGCUUUGUCUGUAUAUAAAUAGUUACAUGGAUGGCUCAGGAGUAAAUCUGUAGAUACGGGAAACACCUUAACAUGGAGAUGACAAAUGUACCACAGCUGUUGGUUCCCUCAGCAGAACUUUGUGCUCUAAGCAUAGAUAUUCUGGUAUGUUAUAACCUAUAAUAUGUAGAUUGUUCAUCUUUUAUCUAGGUUUCUGUCUCCUUUCCCUUCUUGUCCAGUAUUCAGAAUGGAGAGGUCAGCUAGUGGUACCAACAUAGAAGAGACUUAAUUGUCUACACUAUCUCUAGCUUGAUAUAUACCUUAUCAGUGUUUACAAUACAAAUUUUCAUUGAAGGAAGUUGUCACAUGCCAAGAACUUUGUAUAAAGGCAGACAUAAUACAGUUAAACCCUAUUUUAUCAGACUGUAAUAUAGUAAUACUGAUCUUAUGCCAAAGAUUGUUUGGGAGGGAUCUUACUGGACAACUGCCAUACCAAGGACUUGUCCUGUAGCUUGUGGAGGUUAAUGUUCUUCGACAUGUUUGUUCCAGUUACUUGACCAAACACUUACGUUGUAUUGUAUGCUUUACACUAAAGCAUUUCUUCUUCUCUACCUUAGAUGUUUCAUUUACAUAAUCUAAGGCAGGUCAGGACUGUCUCAUUAAUAUCCAUCAAAAAUAAAAUAUUUUUUGGUCAAAGGCAUUUAUGUAACAUGCCAUAUAUGAAUAAGAAAAAAAAUUUUCAAGAAGGCAAAGUAUAAUAUUGAAUCAUGGCCUUUCAUUUUAACGGAAAAUGUCCCAUUUCUGCCGAAGUGAGGUUUUACUGUAACUGUCGGUCCUUAUUUACCAAUAAUCCCAUGGGUGAUGGACAUGUGACAAAUGUACAGUGAAACUCCACUAUAUCAGACUCAUCACAGUAGGUAACCAGAGAAAAAUGACUGAGAGGUCAUUGUAGACAUAUCAUAUCCAAGUCAAAGAUGUGACAUGUUCUAUCUGGUGCCAUAGGCCAAGGAUCUCACUCUGUUUUGAAAUACAGAGCACAGAGGAUUGCUACUUGGCCAACUUUAGUGGAGGUGCACUGUACAUGUGUAUGUGAAUUAUGUAUUAUGUUAAAGCUUACUUUGAUUUAUAAAUUGUAUGGACAACACUGUCAUCUUAUUAAUUAGUUAAAAUUUGUACCAAAGAUUACUCUUAAAUAUUAUCUCCUUGAGACGGACUUCAUGAUUGGCUGUCUGGGCUACACCUACUGCAGGAGAGACAUGCAGGUCCUGAUUCAGAAUUCAAAGUAAACAACUCAGUUUCUGGUAAAAUUAUCAAGCUAAAGAAAUUUGUACUCCUGUUCCCUUGAUUUUUUUUUUUUUUUCUUCAUGUUCCUAGAAAAGUACAGCAGAUUUUAGAAUGGCUGACAGCAUUCAUCAGAAGAUUAUGAUUGUUUAUCUGUAUAUCUGUAUUAUGUAUGUCAAAAGAUAGACUGUCAUUAUAUUCCUAAAUGGGUCAUUAGGUUUAAACUGUGAUAUACAGUGUAGUAAUGUUUUUGUCUCAUUGUUUAAAAUUGUGUACCUAAAUGUGUUAUUAUAGACACAGUAUAUUGGUAUCACACAACAGUUUGUAACAUGCAAAGUGAGACAUUACUUUUCUACAAUUAGUCUAUGCGUCUUAUUCAUCUGAUAUAUUGUGUAUGGUGUCUUAAGCAUUUUUAUCAGUGUGAUUGAACAUUUUAUGAAGGUGUCCUUAUAGUUGGUGUGGAUGGGACUGAGUAUUGCAUAGAUGUGAUGUAUGAGUGGCGAUGUCUGUACAGUUUUGAGUUGCCGUGCUGGGAUUCCAACAUGCACUGUAAGGCGACUCAUGUGGGCUGCUGCUGCUGGGGGCUGGAGGAAGCCACCCAAUCAUUUUAUACGAAAGUUACCAACCAUCUUGAAUGUUUGGUAUCUCCUGCUCCUCAUUGCACUGGUGAGCAUUUCUCAACAGCCUCCACUUUCAGGACACUAAGUUCAGUAAUAAAAUAUUCAGAUAGGUUUAAAAAAUUCAAAUAUUUUCCCCCAAUUUUCCAUUGCCACUAAAAUUGUCAGGUCAGGUAUUUGUCGUCCUUGCAGGUGUCAUGUCCCCCUCUCACGGGUACUUGAGAGCUUUCCUGAGGUGGAAUAUCUUGAAUGGCUUUACCCUCUCCCACUUCUAAAUCACAAUGAUAUCACAGUGGUGGAGUGAAUUACCAGUCUAAGUAGUCCAUUUCAAACACCAAUCUGGGUCGUGUACUUGGCCAUGCCCAUGACUAAGUCAAAACUGCACCUAAUAACCCGCAAUGUUUGAGGGAUGUAAAUAUAAAAUGCACAAGAUUAUAUUGAUUUUAACCUAAAUUAAAUAAGCCAUUGUUGAUUUAUGCAUACAAUGAACAAGGGAGUGGCACACCAAGCAAUUGGUGAAUAAAAUCCUUAACAAUGUGUCGUGUUCACAUACUGUAAAAUUACUUUGGAGUAAAGAAACCGUUUACCGAGUAGCAUUCGAUUAUGUUGAAUCCAGAGAUCCGUCCCAGUGCCCAGGCAACAGGAGUGACAGCCUUGAUCCACUCUCCGGCUGUUACUCGAACCUUUCACAGCACCAUUCUAUGAAAGAAAAACAACCUUGCCAUUUGAGGGUCAUAAGACCUGGGGUGAUUUUAUUGUGUUAUCAAAAGUAAUAGUUUAAAAGUUAAAAUUAAGAGCAAAGAUGGGGAAUUUACGUAAUUACAUAAUUCAAGUUACCAUUAAAGACCACCACAAUGCCCACUGCAUUACAUUCUUUAUUGUGGCCUCACAUUACAAGCUCCGUUGUGCCCCACAGCAUCUGUCUAUGCUAAAAAGUCAUUUAACACGUGGCACACGUUAUCAAGACAAACAAAACCAUAAGUAGUUUUUAAAAUAUAAAGAAAUUUUGUACCUAAUAUUUUUAAUCAACAGGUCUUGAAUGCAAAAGGAUGUUUAUUUCUUUAAAAAUAAAAAAAAAAGUGCCGUAACAGAUAAAGUAACUCCACCUGUGACUAUCAGUACUAGGAAUCACAAUUUUGCUUACGACUCCUGUCCUCCCUACAAGGCCCGGCGAGGCAGUGUGGGCGGCCGAGGUGAAUGAAUGCCCAGAGUGAAUGUUGUUCCUUUACUCCAUCAAAUACCUAUUUCAAAUCCACCAAGCUUUGAGCACAGUGUCCAAUUUGUGCUUAUAUUUAGGUUAUUACUAUGGUAUUGUACAUUAGAUUAUUGUAACUCAGUUUCAUAACAAAACACUUCAUUUAACAA